GUCCAAUCUUACAUCAACAUCGUCAACCAAGAACUUCAAUUCUUUUCCCUUCCCCGACUUUGCCUUCUGGCUUUUGGUGCUUUCUCCUGUCCGCGCUGGAGCUGGACUUGAAGACCCCCCUUCUUUAACCUCACCUGUUAACGCCAGCCUCCUACCUACCUUGCCUUUUUAGCUCACUUAACGCUGCAGCUUCCCGUUUAACUGUCAAAGGCAAUUCGUCCCCGGUCACCGCCUGCUCUGAUCAUUUGUCGCUCGUCGCAUUGAAACAUCGCCGCUGCUUCAAUUCAUUGACUGUGUAUAUCUUGCUUGAACCUGACAUCUUCCGACUGCAUUUGAAGGCUCCUGCUCUUUUUUUUUUCUUUUUGGGUCCAGCAACAGCUUCUGGACGGUCCCACUGCCAGCCUCCCUGAAGCCUGGAACCUGAAGCGCAAGUCAACAUCAACAACACCCAAUAAUAACAACAUGGCUCCUUCUACCAGGCAAUCGCAAAAUAUGGCGCAGAUAGUCGAGUACAUACCAGACCGGCUUUACCUUGCCUCCUACAUCCAUCCUCCUACUCCAGACACGCCGUUCCCUUACCCCGAGGAGCCUCAGCCAGCUUCUCCUAAGAAGCGAAGCCAACGAGCUGCUGCCGGUGCGACCCCGCUCGCCGCCAAGUCGAACCGACCACAGCCAUGCUAUUUCACUGUCGACGAUACUCUUCUGUACAACGCUUUCCACCAUGAUUUUGGCCCUCUGCACAUCGGCCACCUCUACCGAUUCGCCAUCCAAUUCCAUGAUAUCCUAGGCGCAAAGCAAAACAAGGACCGCCCCAUUGUUUUCUGGAGCGCUGCUGACCCUAGAAGUCGUGCGAACGCCGCUUGCAUGCUCGCAUGCUACAUGGUCCUCAUACAGAACUGGCCUCCCCAUCUGGCCCUUGCCCCGAUUGCGCAGGUCGAUCCUCCUCUGAUGCCAUUCCGAGAUGCGGGUUACAGCCAAGCCGACUAUGGCAUUAGCGUUCAAGAUGUUGUCUAUGGUGUGUGGAAGGCCAAGGAGGAAAAGUGCUGCGAUCUAGACAACUUCGAUCUUGACGAAUAUGAGCGUUUCGAGAGAGUCGAACAUGGUGAUUUCAACUGGAUCACUCCCCAUUUCUUGGCAUUUGCCUCUCCCCAGCACGCGCCGGUUCAGAAAAUCACAGAGGGUUCCGACCUGUACCCAUUGCUUCCACGGACGCUAGCCGCCGUGGAUGCCCAUCCCAAGUUGCCAAAGCCCUUCAAGAAUGUGCUGAAGCAUUUUUCCGAGAAGAACAUUGGCCUGGUGGUCCGCCUCAACUCCCAACUCUACUCCCCCUCGUACUUUGAGGCACUGGGUAUUCAACAUCUGGACAUGAUCUUUGACGAUGGCACAUGUCCCUCGCUCUCAACUGUCCGCAAGUUCAUCAGACUCGCCCACGAGACCAUCACUGUCCGUAAGCAGGGAAUCGCUGUUCAUUGCAAGGCUGGCCUCGGCCGCACAGGUUGUUUGAUUGGCGCCUACCUCAUUUACCGACACGGCUUCACUGCCAAUGAAGUGAUCUCAUUCAUGCGCUUCAUGCGACCCGGCAUGGUUGUUGGUCCUCAGCAGCACUGGCUCCAUUUGAACCAGGGCACAUUCCGCGAGUGGUGGGUUGAGGAGAGGAUUGAGCGCAGACUCAGGAGGGAGAUGGCUGCUGCCAACCCUAUUCCCAGCACCCCUAUUCGUGCCAUGCAAAAGACAACGCUUCGGAACGGCCAGGCCUCGACACCCCCCAACCGAAGCCCCUCAAACCGUACUCCGCUGAGUGAAGUCGACCACGACCGCAAUAAUAUUGGGGUCCAGGAAGACUAUUUGCCAGCUCCUACACCGGGCCAACCGCGAAAGACUGCCAGGGAUCGCCAUCACCCUUAUCAACGCUCAACUUCCAACGGGCUCGCUGUUGAAGAGCAGCGCACUAUUGAGCAAGAAGCCGAGUACAUUGCGACGCACAGCCAGGCUCACGGCGGAGAGUCUGAUGAGGAGUUGCAUUUGCGCUUGCGACGCCAUCGUAAGGCGACCUCCCAAUCACCGGCUCGCAGUGAGAAGACUCGCUCGGUUAGCCAGACGACGGCUAUCUACACCAUUGAUAACGAUGCGUCACACGAUGCUGAGAACAUUGGCUCUGUGCGGACGAAGCACGCUGAACGAGUUGCUAGUACCCCUGGCGUCCUGACAAAGGUCCGCGGCAGCAAGCGGCAGGGGGAGUCUCCCCUUCGGGCAAAGGAGUCUGCUGGCAUUCGGAAGACCAGCGGCAGAGUAGGCAGCGCCAAUCAUGGAGCGUCAGUGACGGCAGCUUCGACGGCCCGUAAAGUUUCUGGAGCUUAGAAAGCACCAGCACAACGAGUCCAGCCGCUUCAGCGUUCUAACGCGAAGCGUAACAGACAAUUGUACGAUUCCACGUUACGAUCAUGAUUCACGUACGUCACGGGCAAUGUUAACGUCUCUCAUGCAUUGGCGUUUCUGGCUCAUAAGAAGAGGACGAGCGGUUUAUGUUUGAAUGUUAAUGAUUCGUCUCUCAUGCAUAAUUGCUUACCCGAGAAGUGUUCGGCUUUCAGUUAAUGUCAUUUGAAACUUGCAAGAUAAUCCAGUUUCUGCAACCUAUAAGGAUCAUUACGGCUGCGACUUCGAUGGAGUUUGUCGCGGUCAAGGAGAAGGCAACUGGAGAGGCGUGAAUAAUGCAUACUAUCUCGGAUGAGGGAAAGACUGAAGGCAUAACGGAGUUAAAAUUUGCGAUGGCGUACAGGCAGGCAAGGUUGAAAUUAUUAUUGUGGAAUUAUUUGGUUUGGCAUUGCACCGGGUUUUGUUGUUUCUUGAUGAUAGUCAAAGAGGAGGCAACGAAGAAGAGACGGCAGCGGAUUUUUACGACGGUUAUAUAAGUUUUCCAAGAGCUGAAUUACAUACAUCUCUUACACUGUUCAUUCUUUGUGGAUUUCUGUCUGACAACCAACCGUUUGAGCUUUUCACUUGGAUGAUCUAUCUACAUUGCUUCGCAUGCAGUUCGUCUCAAGUUUACCAUCAGGUCCGGAUGGCUUCGAGAGCUGUGACAACAUCUUCUAUCACCUUGCCGGCCUCAGCACUCGUCAUCUCUUCACUCACGGCCAAACACUUGUCCACGACAUCACGAUAUCGACUACCGACCUUGCUACCCAGACCGGGAACGAGAACUGCACGCAGG